GGGGUUUGUGGGGGGGGUGUCUCUCUCGUUUUUAAGAGAGAGAGAAAGAAAGGAGGCAGGAAGGAAGGAAGGACUGUUGUGACAAAAUAAAGGAAGGAAGGAAGGAAGGAAGGAAGGAAGGAAGGAAGGAAGGAAGGAAGGAGGGAGGGAGGAGGGGAAGGAAGGAGUACAAACCUGGCACUCGAUGCAGCUUCAGAGGAUAAUCCAGGGCUGGAAGGGACCUGGAGGUCAUCUAGUCCAACCCUGCGCCAGCAGGAUAUUGCUAGUCAUCAUUUUACUGACCUCGGAAGGCUAGAAGGCUGAGUCAACCUUGAGUCUGGUGAGAUUCGAUCUGCCAAACUGCUGGCAGCCAGUGAUCACCGUUGUUGCCAGGGUGAGUGUAAUGUAUCUUUAAAGUUUUGGAGGGAAAUUUGGGCGGGAACAAGCACGUUGCUGAUUGGUUGAAGCCUCAGCCAAAACUGUAUAUAAAGAGGGGUUUUGCCGGAUGUCUUUUGCUGGGUUCACUAUAAACUGAAGAGCUGUUGUCACUCACUGGUCUCCUGCCUCUUUAUUGCCCGAAUCUAACAUUGGCGACGAGGAUGGGAUUCACCCCACUGAGAGCAAGGUACGGGCCAUCAGGAAGGCCCCAGCUCCCCAAAAUAAAAUGGAGUUACAGGAUUUCUUAGGGCUUGUCAACUUCUAUGCGGUAUUCUUAAAGAACAAGGCAACUAUAGCCGAACCGCUACACAAAUUACUAGCAAAGAACGCUGUUUGGUCCUGGGGGAAGGCAGAAGCUAAGGCAUUUGAAGGGGUGAAAAACCUUUUGUCCAGCGAUAGCCUCCUUAUUCAAUACAAUGGCACGUUGCCAUUAGUACUAGUUUGUGAUGCAUCUCCCUAUGGGGUGGGGGCUGUGCUCAGCCACAGAUUGCCAAAUGGAACAGAAGCCCCUAUAGCAUAUUAUUCCCGAACAAUGUCCUCAGCCGAGAGGAACUAUAGCCAGCUAGAUAGGGAAGCAUUGGCUAUAGUCUCCGGGGUUAAGAAAUUCCACGAAUAUGUAUUCGGACGAGAUUUCGAAAUAGUCACGGACCAUAGACCCCUACUGGGCCUAUUGGCGGGCGACCACCCAACACCUGUUGCACUUUCGCCCAGACUGACCCGAUGGACUAUCUUCCUAGCGGCAUACUCUUACAAAUUGCUUCAUCGCCCAGGAAAGGACUUAGGGCAUGCGGACGCUCUGAGUAGGUGCCCGUUACCAGAGACUAUCGAAGACCCAACCCCGGGGACACCCGUCCUGCUAAUUGACUCUUUGGACUCUGGCCCAGUCACAUCCAAGGAGGUGGCUAGGGCAUCUUACAAGGACAUUACAAUAAGGACUGUAAUUGGUUGGGUACAAAGGGGAUGGCCUGCUGCGCCGGGCGAGCGUUUCAAAGACUUUGUGAAAAAACGAGCAGAACUAUCGGUUCAAGGGGGGUGUCUGUUAUGGGGGGAUAGGGUGGUGAUCCCGGAGAAAUUACGAAAGAAUGUAUUGGAACUUCUGCAUGUGGGCCACCCAGGGAUCGUGAGAAUGAAGGGUUUAGCGAGGAGCUAUGUGUGGUGGCCCUUGAUGGACAAGGAAAUUAGCGACAGGGUAGGGAAAUGCCAAUCCUGCCAAGAGUCAAGGCCACUACCCCCUACGGCCCCAAUUAGAGAGUGGGAGAAACCCCAGGGGCCAUGGUCUAGGAUUCACAUCGAUUUUGCCGGGCCAUUCCACGGGCAAACCUUUUUAAUAGUAGUAGAUGCCUACUCAAAAUGGCUAGAAAUCAUCCUCAUGAGAUCCACGACGGCCGAGGCAGUCAUCUCAGUCCUGAGGCACCUAUUUGUAACCCAUGGGUUGCCCGACACCCUAGUUUCCGACAACGGCCCGCAAUUCACGGCAACCCAGUUUGAGGGGUACUUGGCGGAGGAGGGCAUCAGACAUGUCCUCUCGGCGUCUUUCCACCCGGCGACGAACAGACUUGCAGAACGUUUCGUUUGGAGCGCCAAAGAAGCGCUAUCGAGGAUUAGGCCAGGCGAUUGGCAAACAAAAAUCGAUACCUUUUUGGCAGUCCAACAUAGAACCCCCUGUGUGACAACUGGCCGCAGCCCGGCGGAACUAUUGAUGGGUAGGAAACUCAGGUGCCCGUUAGACCGCCUAAACCCAACCUACACCCCAGAUGGGUACAAGGGGGCACACGGUAAAACUAGAGAAAUGACAGUGGGUGACCCAGUGUGGGCGCACAACUAUAGCGAGGGCCCAACAUGGUUAAAAGGGACAAUUCUUGGAAUAACCGGGCCGAAAUCAUAUCUAGUAGAUAUGGAGGAUGGCCGGGUUUGGAGAUGCCACAUAGACCAAAUAAGAAAACGAAUAGCAAGUAAAACAGAAACAAAGCAGCCAGGCCCUGACUACCAAAUGUUUGAAUUUACAGCUGACUCAAACCCGGGGCGAACGGGGGACUUAUCUGAGUCCGAUGAAGUCCAGCGACGCCAACCGGUUCCUCCUGAAGACAGCAGGGACGACUCUGCCAAUAAUCCAGGGCCAGAUGGCCUAGAGGAGGAGCUGGGAGGAACUAACAGUCCCUCGACUCACUCCCAGAAAAUGAAUUGCGCAGGUCCGAAAGAGUUAGGAGACGCCCUGUCUACUUGCGUGACUACGUAGAGAAAUAAGAUGCUAAUUUUAUGUAAAUGUGGGUACAAUGCAUUCUGGGAGGGAAGGAGUGUAAUGUAUCUUUAAAGUUUUGGAGGGAAAUUUGGGCGGGAACAAGCACGUUGCUGAUUGGUUGAAGCCUCAGCCAAAACUGUAUAUAAAGAGGGGUUUUGCCGGAUGUCUUUUGCUGGGUUCACUAUAAACUGAAGAGCUGUUGUCACUCACUGGUCUCCUGCCUCUUUAUUGCCCAAAUCUAACAGUGGGGGAUUAUUAUUUUACUAUUUUAUUAUUUUUCUUUUUAUUUCUUUUCUAUGGUUUUUUUAUCCAUGUAAGCUGCCUUGAAUUGCCAUGUGCGAGUAGGCGGCAAUAUAAAUUUUCUAAAAUAAAAUAAAAUAAUUAAUAAUUAAUGGCCCAGAUUGUUGGGGGCAAUAUGCUGACUUUGUAAACCACUUAGAGAGGACUGUAACACCCUGUGAAACGUACAUAAAUCUAAGUGCUAUUGCUAUGGCUCACUGCAAUUGCUAGAUAUUCUCACUGAAACAGAGAUCUCAAAACAUCUGGCACAGAGAAAAAACAUGAAAAUUAAUUACAGAUAAUGCAUCAGUUCUACUCACUCUAGCUUCCAUAGAAGACUUUAUUUAUUUAUUUAAAUAAAUAAAUCACCUAAGGCGGCUCUGAGUGGUUCCCAACAAUAGAUUAAAAAAUGAAGAUAUAAAACCAGCAAAUAUAUGUAUAAAAAGCCAUCAUAAUAAGUAUCCUAAAAACAAAAAUACAAACCACAGUUGAAGGAAGAAUAUAAAAGUUAAUUAAAAGUUUGGACUGAACUGGUUUCUGCUAGCUUUAGCUGCUUUCUCAAUGGUUGUCUGAAACUCAAUAUCUAUACAUGCUAUGUGUAACAUCAAUAUGAUUCAAGUUGUUCAUGACUUUAU